GUGCCUUUGGACUGAGAGUCUCAUCUUCCAGCAUUAUCUCUUGUUCGAUUUUGAACUGCCUCAUCCUAAGGUUUUUUUUCAAGCAAACAUCUUACUGUGGACUAGAGAUACAGGAACUGUGCUUUCCUUCCACGUCCUUCAGUGGGCUUAAAGAAGAGAUGCUCCAGACAACAAGCACUGUCCUCCUUUCCUUCUUGUUGCUUUACCUGAGGAAUGUGGUCUUUGCCUUUCAUAAGGCAGCUUGAACGUAUUGCCACCUUGUGCGCCACGCCCAGCCACUCCCUCCCCAGUGAAAUGCAGUAGCCAGCAGGCAGGCAGCUGGAGCAUUCACUCAAAGGCACACCUGGAUGAAAGGCGUUUCAGCAAGUGAAUGCCCGAAGGUAAUUAGGCAAAUCAGGGUAAAAACAGGAGCAGCUCUAUCCAGAAAAAGGGCUCCAGACAUUUGCGGCUUUGAGGACCUGCCGUGGCCUAACAAAGCUUUCUGAGGAAUUUGAAGUUUGCUCUCUCUUUUGAACUACCUACGUUAAUCCCAAAUAACAGAAACAGAGGAACAAAUAGCUGAGGAUAACACUGGGAAUUUGCUUUACCUGAAACCUCCAGCAGGCUCUAUUAAAGAAAAGAAGCUUUGACGUGCCAUGAAAAUGCCAGCAUGCCCAACGCAGGCUUUCCCUACUUUGUUGUUGUCCUUCAUUCUCUGCUAUAUGUUUCUACUCCUACUUGUUGCUAAAACCAAAAGGGAUGAUUCUGAGACUUUUCCGCUGGAAAUGACAGACAUAACCUGGAACUCACAGUCUGGAAAGCAACUUCACCAUGUCUCUAAAUUUGAGUGGGAAGCUGUGCUGAAGAAAAAGGAUGCAGGCAGUUCCUCUAGUCUGCAGCCUUUAUCGCCACCAGCAACCACAAGGCACCCCUUAGAAGUUCCCUAUUCUGGAGGUUAUAAAUUCCUUCUCAAUGAACCGGAUAAGUGUCAGGAGAAGACCCCUUUCCUGGUCUUGAUAGUGAUAACUCAACCCCAAGAUGUCGCCAGAAGGCAAGUCAUUCGGCAGACAUGGGGGAACGAGAGCUCGGUUCCCGGUGUCUCUAUCCUCCGCCUCUUUUUGACUGGUGUCCACCCACAGUUUGUGUCCCCACUCCAACGCCUUUUGGAAGAGGAGAGUUCCAUCUACAGAGAUAUUAUCCAGCAGGACUUUCUGGACACCUACAAUAAUCUGACCCUGAAAACUCUGAUGGGCAUGGAAUGGGUAAGCACGUUCUGUCCUAAUGCAUCCUAUGUGAUGAAGGCAGAUACUGACAUCUUUCUCAACGUGGGCUACAUGGUAUCACAGCUGCUACAGCCCCACUUACCCCCAAAGAAAGACUAUAUGACAGGAUACAUCUACCGCAACACAAAACCGCUGCGUAGCAAGGCUUACAAAUGGUACGUUCCGCCGGAGGUGUAUCCCAAUGAUACCUAUCCGCCCUACUGUGGAGGCCCCGGUUAUGUCCUUUCUGGAGAUCUGGCCGAGAAAAUCUACCGAGUGGCUCAGACCAUCAAGGUCAUCAACAUGGAAGACUCUUUCAUGGGAAUCUGCCUAUACGAACUUGGCAUUAGUGUGACAGACAGUCCCUGGGGUCUCUUCAAUGUGUAUAAAAUUGACUACGAGAAGUGCCGAUUCUCUAGGGUCGUGGUUGUGCAUCAUUACGGGCCGGAGGAGCUCUUGCGGAUUUGGCCUAGCUUUCAGGAUCAAAAUCAAACUUGCAAGAGUGAAAGCUGACACGAUGAAUCUGGCAUGCCAAGCUCUUGCAGACGAGCGAGAUGCAAACCAAACAUGUUCAUGGGUGCAUUUAUGAUGGACAGAUUUAAAUUAUGAAAUUUGUACCUACAAAUAGAAGAAAAAGGUGAAGGACAGCUCUGUGAUUGUGAAAGUGGUACAAGGUUUCUCAGGUCAAACUCUCAAAUUAGCAUUUCCUGAAUAAGUAGCGUUUGUACAUCUACUUCUUAUUAUUCUCACUGGUAUCUUCCCCAUAAAGGUCUUGGGCGCUGUUCUUUAACAACUUUUCAGAUCUGUUCUGAACUGCAGCUUUACAUUGGAUCAAAGGUGUGUUGAGUCCUGUUGUAUUGUUUAUCUGUGUGAGGUGGUACUCAGAAAUCUCAUAUAGCCUCAUGGCGCAGUGGUUAAACCACUGUACUGCAGCCAAAAC